GAGUUAACAUUGACAAAGGGUGUUGGGCUCAGAGGUUUAUCUAAAGGAGAGUGAAGAAGAAGAAGAAGAAGAAGAAGAAGAAGAAGAAGAAGAAGAGGGGGAGGAAGGAGGACAGAGCAGGAUAUCAGAGGAGAUUAUCAGAGACAAAGAAGAAGAAACAGAAGAAAAGACAGAAGAAGAAGAAGACGGACAGAGGAGAAAGACGAGUUCAACAUUUUGUCGCCUCUUUAAGCAGAUUAUCAAGAGCCAACCUGGAGACAGACAGACAGGUGGAGAGAGCGACAGGAAACAUUACCAACAGACUUGUGGUGGGCGGAGCAUCUUCAGUUUGCCUUAUCGCCUUGUUACCAUGACAAUCACAAGAUAACCAGCAGGUUACCAUGACAACCACCCAUCAGAGGAAGGUUCAGUUGAACUGAACUUGUGAAUUCAAAAUGUGGGAGGUGACUUUGAGACGUGACCUCCUGAUGAACUUCCUGUCUGUCUGACUGUCGGUCCACCAUGUCUCACCUCAUCGCCCGGCUCCUCCCCCUCCUGGUCCUCCUGCUGGCGCCCUGCAGGUGUCAGACCGGCAGUCAGUUUGACGUGUGUCGGUCUCUGCGCAGCUCAGAGGGCGGACCAGGGUGGGAGUUCUACGCCUGUCAGCCUCCACCUGCCAACAUGAAGGAAGUGAUGCAGAUUAGAGUCGACCCGCCCGGCAUCACCUGUGGAAACCCACCUGAGAGGUUCUGCACACUGGAGAACCCAUAUCUGUGCAGCGAUGAGUGCGACGCCUCCAGCCCCGACCUGUCUCACCCUCCUCAGCUGAUGGGAGACCGAGAAAGGGGAGGGCUCAUCACCUACUGGCAGACAGUCACAUGGUCCAGGUAUCCUGAGCCCCUAUUGGCCAACAUCACUCUGUCCUGGAACAAGAGUCUGGAGGUGGUUGAUGACAUCAUCAUCACCUUUGAGUACGGCCGACCAACCAGCAUGGUGCUGGAGAAAUCUCUGGAUAAAGGUGUCACAUGGCAGCCGUAUCAGUACUACGCUGAUGACUGUCUGGAGGCGUUUGGGAUGUCUCCAAAAUGGGUCUCUGAUUUAGCGCCAAGUAACUUGACCCGGGUCAUCUGUACUGAGCAGUACUCUCGCUGGGUCGGGGCAAAGGAAGAGAAGAUUGUGGUGUUCGAGGUGCGUGCUCGCUUUGGAGUGUUUGCAGGUCCAAAGUUGAUCAACAUGGACGCCCUGUACACCCGGAUGGAGACCAUGAAGGGUCUGAGAGACUUCUUCACCUUCACCAACCUCCGCCUGCGACUGCUUCGCCCGGCACUGGGAGGGACCUACGUCCAGAGAGACAACCUGCUGAAGUACUUCUACGCUAUUUCCAACAUCGACGUACCUGCCAGGUGUAAGUGUCACCUGCAUGCGUCUCAGUGUGUGUUACGUGACGCGACGCUGCAGUGUGAAUGCGAUCACAACACAAGUGGACAGGACUGUCAGAGCUGCAGCCAAGGGUUCAAAUCCAGUAGCUGGAGACCAGGAUCCUACCUGCCGUUCCCCAGAGGCACCGCCAAUAUGUGUGCAGGGGCAGAAACAACAACUACGUCCGGUGACUCUAAACCAGCAGCACCUGACAGACCUGCCUCAUCAGAUGGAGUGACUGACAUUACUACUACAACUACUACGACUACUGUCAGUACUACUACUACCACGACUCCAGCUACUACCGAGGCUAUCAUAAGGACUGACAAUACAGUAACUACUAGUGCUGAUCCUACUGACACUACUCCUAAUACCGACAGUACUACAACUAUGUUUAUGUACACAGUUACUUCUGAUGCAGCUCCUACCAGCACAGUGAGUCCAACAAGUACUUCAACUACUGCUGACACCUGGAGUAUUAGUACUGCAGAGAGUAGUCAUACUAUGACUGAAUAUGAUCUUAUGAUCAGUACUACCCUAACUGACACCAGUUCUACAAUGUACUUUAUUAGUACUGGUGAUACUGGUGACUUUGCUAAGGCUGCUUUAGACUCUACUACUGCAACAGUUGACCCUGGUACUACAGUUUUCACUACUGUCAGUAGUACUGUUAGGACUGUUGAUGUGUUUCCAGACUUUAGCAGAACAGUAGGACCUACAGUGGAUAUGGCUCCAUCCAGCAGCCCAGCUCUGGUGACUGGGGACACUCUGUACAAACCAGUCUCCACAGUACCAGACUUUACCAGUCCCAGCACCACUAUUAGCCUCACUGACCCUGAAGUGUCUACUUAUGACUCAGUGACUCCACCCUUUGACUCCACCUCCUCACCUGACAGCACAGACUCCACCUUCUCUGGGACUGGUACUACCAACCUGAUCACCGGUACUACCCUACCUGCUGAUGGUACUGCGACAUCAACUGGAGAACCAACAAUUGCAACCAUUCCAGAAAUAACCCCGGACAGUGAUGGGGCUCCUUCUGGAUCCACUGGGUCAACCCCAACCUAUCAAGCUGGAGAUUCUUCAUUUACAGCAGGAACUGACACAACUUCUCCUGAUGUUCCUCCAGAGAUGCUGAUGAAUGUACCACCUCCUGACGUACCACCCCCUGAUGAACCUCUGGAAGUACCUCUUCCUGAUGAACCUCCUCCUGAUAUGUACCUUCUCCAGAUGUUCCUCCAGAAGAGCCCUGGAGCCCUCCUUCAGACACUCUGAUAGAUGUAUUUUCUCCUGAUGUAGCACCUCCUGAAGAAUCUCCUCGUGGUGCUUCUGUAGAGUCUGUGUUGUCUUCUUCUGAAGAAGGAGGAGUUGAUGCUGGCCUCG